AACCCAUAUUUAAACGUAGGAUUGUUAAUGGGGUAAUAUACAUACUUCCAACCCAAGUUAAAAAUAUGCGUGUAAAGUUGGAGCAACCGGUGCAGAUCUUUAAGCAACCCGGAGUAGAAUCUGGAGCCAG